CCAGCGCUAAAUGUGACGUCACGUGCAAGUGAGGGGCUUAGCGUCGCAAGCAGCACCCCUCAAUAUUUUGUUGUUGACUCACCACGCGGCGUUGAAUCUUUUUCCUGCAUCCGGCCUCGAUCAUCAACCCGGACGGUGACCCUUUGCAGAGAUACCCACCGAUCCUCUAAUAUAGCGAUAAAAACGGCCCAAGGAGGCUCCCGUACGAUUAUGGCGGACGCAAUUGCUGAGAAUGUAGCGAAACUCCAGCUGGACGAGGAGACUGGCGAGAUGGUCUCAAAGUCGGAGUUGAAGAAGCGCCUGGCGAAGCGAUCGAAAAAGGCAGCCACAGCAAAGGCCAAGGCGGAAGCUCCAGCAAAGUCGGCCACUACAGCUGCAAAAAAUGCUCAGAAGAAAGAAGAGGAUGUCAAGGUUGAGCCAACAAACAUGUUUGCUCAGGGGUGGCUGGAUGAAGUGUACAAGGAACGACCAGUGAAUCCGGUGACCACCCGUUUUCCACCAGAACCAAAUGGAUAUCUGCACAUUGGUCAUGCCAAAGCAAUUGCCGUCAAUUUCGGAUUUGCUCGGUACCAUGGAGGCGAAUGCUAUCUGCGAUUUGACGACACCAACCCGGAAGCUGAGGAAGAGAAAUACUUCACCGCGAUCAAGGAAAUCGUUGAAUGGUUGGGUUUCAAGCCCAAAGAGGUUACGUAUUCCAGUGAUAACUUCGACAAGCUGUACGCAAAGGCAGAAGAGCUUAUCAAGCUGGACAAGGCAUACGUCUGCCACUGUGGAGAUGCUGAAAUAAAGGCGCAGAGAGGCGGCGAGGAGCGUGGCCCGCGAUUUCGGUGCGACCAUGCCAGUCAAUCUGUAGAGACGAACCUGGAAAAGUUUCGAGCGAUGCGAGAUGGAAAAUACAAACCAAGAGAGGCGUUCUUGCGCAUGAAGCAGAAUAUCGAAGAUGGAAAUCCUCAAAUGUGGGAUCUGGCUGCAUACAGAGUUUUGGAUGCGGAGCAUCACAGAACUGGGCCGAAGUGGAAGAUCUACCCAACCUACGACUUCACGCACUGCCUCUGUGACAGCUUUGAGAAAAUUUCCCACUCGCUAUGUACCACUGAAUUUAUUCAAUCUCGGGUCUCGUACGAGUGGUUGAAUACCAGCCUGGGUGUUUAUGAGCCCAUGCAGAGAGAGUAUGGCCGUCUGAGCAUUGCUGGAACAGUCUUGUCGAAGCGAAAAAUCAUGAAACUAGUCAACGGUGGCUAUGUUCGGGGCUGGGAUGACCCAAGACUUUUUACUCUGAUAGCGAUCAAGAGACGUGGAGUCCCACCUGGAGCCAUUCUUGAAUUUGUUAAUGAACUUGGUGUAACGACCUCUCCCACAACCAUUCAGCUCGCUCGAUUUGACCAGACCAUUCGGAGAUACCUCGAGCGAACAGUUCCCAGACUUAUGCUGGUAUUGGACCCGAUUCCUGUUGUUAUCGAAGACGCCGAAGAGUUGGAACUUGAUCUCCCAUUUUCACCGAAGAUCCCUGCUAUGGGAAGUCACAAAGUCAAGUUCACCAAGACAGUCUACAUCGAGCGUAGCGAUUUCAGAGAAGUGGAUAGCAAAGAGUAUUUCCGGCUGGCGCCUGGAAAGUCAGUUGGACUUCUUCAAGUACCUUAUCCAAUUAAGGCCGUUUCAUUCACCAAGGAUGGCGAUAAAGUCACCGAAAUCCGAGCAGUCUAUGACAAGGAUGGUAAGAAGCCGAAGACAUACAUCCACUGGGUCGCAGAAGGAUCGAGAAAUGUUGAAGUACGGAUACAUAACGCUCUUUUCAAGAGCGAGAAGCCUGACAGUGCGCCGGGCGGCUUCCUUGAGGAUAUCAACCCUGAUAGCGAAGAGAUCUGGCCUAAAGCCAUGAUUGAAUCGGGCUUUGAUGAGGUUAAAAGACGUGCACCAUGGCCAGAAGCUGCUGGAGAAUCGGAGUUGGGCAGGGGGGGCCUUGAGUCUGUGAGGUUUCAAGCCAUGCGUGUUGCUUAUAUGGUAGGCGAUUCCAAGGGUCACGUUUUUACAGGAGCUAAUACUUGCCAGGCAAUGGACUCCGACAGUACUGAUGAUAAAAUUGUACUGAAUCGUAUCGUCAGUCUGAAGGAAGACGCUGGAAAGUAG